CACAGGCCGAGGGCGGCCCAGGGCGGCGGCGCAGGAGGGCAAAGGAACAGCGGCAGAGCGCGCCGGGCCGCCAUGGUGCUGGUGGUAGUGAUGGGCGUCAGCGGCUCAGGGAAGACCACGGUCGGAUCGCGGCUGGCAGAGAAGUUGGGAUGGAAAUUCUACGAUGCAGACGAUUAUCAUUCUCUAGAGAAUAAGAAGAAAAUGGAAAAAGGGAUACCACUAAGUGAUGAGGACAGGAUUCCUUGGCUUUGCACAUUGCAUGAUAUACUAAAGAGGGAAGACACAUGUAGACAAGAUACAAUUCUGGCCUGUUCUGCACUGAAGAAGAUGUACAGACGUGUGUUAAUUAGUGGAGCAUCUGCAAUUGAAAGCAACCAGCCAGAGCAACCACGAGAAAACUCAGCACUGAAGAUCCUCUUUGUUCAUUUGGAUGGACCUAUGGACAUCAUUGCCGGCCGCCUGGAGAAGCGGAGAGGUCAUUUUAUGCCACUUGAACUUCUCAAGUCUCAGUUUGAUACUCUAGAGCCACCAAGUGCACCAGAAAACUUCAUAACUGUCAGUCUAGAAAAAUCUCUCCCGGAAACAGUGCUAGUGAUUGAGAGCGCCAUUCUUCAGGGUGAGGCUUUGCUGGAGUAAUUUUCUGAAUGACACAUACAGAAAUUCUCUGAAGGAGAGGCUAUGAGACAGGAUUUUAAUUAUUAAAUUUAUUUCUAAAUCCAACCAACUUAUUUUUAAGAGCUGGUUUACUACUCGGUUUUAUCAUGGCUUUGUAAAAGACAUAUAAGAUGUAAUUUACAAGAACUGUUAACUUUUUAAGCCAUUCACUCUAUGAAGUUAAAAUUCUCAUUUUACUAAGAGCCUGCUUUUGAAGAUCCUGGCAAGGGUCACACAGAAUGAUUUAUUUUCUUCAUUUUAAUAUUUACUCUGUCAGACAUUGAGAUGGGCACAUCUGCUAUUACAAGAUUAAAUACUUUACAGCUUUGUUAAAAAUAAUGUAAUUUUCCUAGAACAGGCAGGAAUAUGCAUGAUGACAUUCCAUACGUGACUCACUGCCAGAUUUUCAUCAAAUUAUAGGGUCUGUGUUUGUAUCCUUGUUGACCUCACCAGAGCACUGAUGACUUCAUGAGAACUUUUCUGAUCUCUUACUGUAUGUAUUGACCACCAAGCUGGAAAAUGUGUGAAAAAAGGUAGUGGUGGUGGUGAUACAAAAUACAAAAUUUAAUUUAAUUGAAAGCUUUAGAAAUAAAGCUAAGUGACAUCACACUGGCUCUGAACUUAGAGCUUUCAUGUACAAAGUGUACAAAUCGCAGUUGAGUGUGAGUCAACCAGUGAUACAAGGUGAAUGCAACGUUGAUAGACAUUUCCGUCUCUUUGGAAACUUUACUCUUUUGCAGUUGGACCUUCUCCUUUGCUUCCCAAUGCUGGUGGGAAGACGUGCCAAUACAAGACAUGACUUUUCAGCUUAUGAAAAUUUCAGACAGUUUCUGUAAGAAAGAUUUGAGUCUUGUCUGAAUGGAGACAUCUCCAUGUGCUGUCACACAGAUUAUUUUUAGUGUGUCAUGCAAUUUUUUUUUAAUUCCUGGGAUGAUGGAUGAACUCCUGUAGAACAGCUCAUGUUUGAAAGCAUCUUUAGCGUAAUUUCUACCUGAGUAAGUAGUUGAAAAACAUUAGUCAUGGUUCCCCCAUGUAUGAAAAUACUAAGAGCUUUGUGGUUUACUAAACAAACUACUGUGCUUACAUUAGUGCAAUAAAUGGGCAUUAUCUUACUGAAAGCAGCAAUUUUUAGAGACAGAGUUGGGAUUUUAGGCAUUAACCUACCCAGAAAUGGUGUUUUCCUGUUUAUUUGUGACCUGAAGAGAGAAUACCAGGCAGUUACCAGUUUUAGUUUGUUGCUGUACACUAUAGUGUGCUCUCACCUCAGAGCCUGUUUGUUCCAAGAGCCAGGGUAAAAGUUUAAGACACAGAGGCAAAGUUAAAUGCAUAGGAUAGGGAUGUCUGUAUGCUUCUUUAAUACCCUCAAAUUUCAGAGACCCAUUUCUGACCAAGUGACUUGUCAGACCUGUAAAAAUUUUGUAGCUAUGAAAAUCACAGACACAGCACCCUCUUGUGGCACGUCUGCUGGUAAUGAGGUCUUCGUCUUCUCCAAUACACCAUUUUACAAACAGUUGACUAAUGCACCAAUUAUUACAGAUUUAUGCAUUCUUCUUUCAACACAAUAAAGCCAUACCAGGACACUCUACAGCAGGUGCAUCCUGUCAGACACAGAUAUGAUCAGACCUUUAAAUAAUUUAAUUUUUUUUAAGGGACAUUUUUAGGUAUGAGUUCUGAGGCAGCCAGAUUGAUUUUCAGAUUUAUUUGUCCGUAUUUAUACAAUACUCACAAAGUGACUUCACCAAAAGAAAGUUGUACUCAACAGCUUAAAGAAGUUCUCUGACAAACACUUUUAUGUAAGCAGCUUGGAUUUUGGAAGGCUUCUAAACAAAGUAGUAUGUUUGUACUUACAGGCAGUUCAUGCUUCUUCAAAUUAGGUCAGAGUAUUUCUCAGUCUUUGCUUCUAUGUUGGGAGUAUUUCCUUCCCUCACCCUUUUAAUAUAUUUGCAUUUUGCUUUUACUUACAAGAUACUGCAAAGAAGGUUGUUGACAACCUAAUCAUUAUCUGUUACCUGCUAUUCUGAAAGAAAACAAAGCAUUACUUCUGUUCACUUACAUUCUAUGCAUUAAUUAAUAGAUUAGGAUGUGAAUUAUCCCAAUACUAACCACAUAAAACUGCUCUCAGAUUUUAAUCAAGCUGUGCACACAUGCAGUGGAAGAAAAAGGUAGCAUAACAAUCCCUACCCAAACACAAUCCUACAAUAUUUAAUUUACUUGAUUUUGGUUUCAUUUGUUUGGGUUUUUUUGUUUUUGUUGUGAGGGUUUAUUUUUUGGUGUUGUUGUUGUUUUUAAACUAACACCACUAUUCUAGGGAUGUCAUAUUUAAUACAGCUUAUCUGGAUGCAAGUGCUCUGUGUGUAUUUUGAAAUUUUCAUUAACAAAUGCAGCAAAAACAGAAGGAGGAAACACCUGGAGUUAGAAAUUGCUGUCUCUAAGCACAUAUUAUCUAUGCAAGGUACACGCACUAUACACCCUCAUAAAUUUGUGCUAAGCACAGUUAGUAACAUGCUGUAUCCAUUACAGCAUAAACUUUUUUCAGUGCUAAAAUGAGGAAAUAAAAAUGAAAUGCUAUCUAUCCCAAACUGCACAAGUUAUCUAUACAGGCAAAGGAACAGACUAUCUGGCUGCCACCUCAACUAUUAAUUGCUAUGGGGGGGUUAUUAAUAUUUUUAUUUUAUUAUGCCAGGUUGUGGUACUGGGGGAAGGUGGGGUUGGUGGCUACAGAAGUGGCUUCUGUGAGAAGCUGCUGGAAGCUUCCUCCAUCCCCUGUAGAACCCAUCCCAGCUGGCUCCCAGAUGGACGUGCCACUGGCCAAGGUUGGGCCAACCAGAAAUGGUGGUAACACUCCUGUGAUAACAGAUUUAAGAAGGGGGCAACCCCCCUGUCUCCCCCCAUGAUUGCACAGCUGUAACUGCAGCCAGAAAAGUACAGGGUGAGAACACGUGAGAGGAACAACCCUGCAGACACCAAGGUCAGUGCAGAAAGAAGAGGGAGGACAUGCUCCAGGCACCAGAGCUGAGAUUUCCUUGCAGCCUGUGGUGGAAAACAUGGUGAAGUCCCUGCACUCCAUGGAGGCUCAUGAGGAUGCAGAGAUCCACCUGCAGCCUGUGGAGGAGCCCCACACUGGAGCAGGUGAAUGCCUGAGAGGAGGCCAUCAGCCUGUGGGAAACCUGUGCCAGAGAAGGGUCCUGGAAGUGAUCUACACACCUGUGAAGAGAGCCCAUGGUGGAGCAGGUUUCCUGUAGGAUGUGACCCUGUGGGGGGCACACACUGGAGCAGCCUGUCCUUGAAGGACUGAAGGACUGUACCCCAUGAACAGUGACCCACGUUGCAGCAGCUUGUGGAAACUGUUGCCCAUGAGAUGGACUGAGAUGUUGGCGAAGUUCAUGGAGAACUAUCUUCCAUUGUAGGGACCCCACACUGGAGCAGGGGAACAACUCCUCUUCAUAAGCAGCAGCAGAAGAAACUUGUGAUGAACUGACCAUAACCCCCCCUUUCACUGUCUUCCUGUACUGAUGGGGCAUAGGAGGUAAAGCUAGGAAGGAGGGAGGAGUAGGGGGAAGGUGUUUUUAACAUGUUUUUACUCAUUAUCCUGCUCUGAUUUUGUUACUAAUAAAUUCAGCUAAUAUCUCUUAUUCCAGCCUGUUUUUCCCGUGACAGUAUUUGAUCAGUCUCUUCCAGUCCUUAUCUCGACCCCUGAACCAUUUUUUGUAUUUUUUCUCCCCAGUCCAGCUGCAGAGGGGAGGGAUACAGUGGCUCCGGUGAGUGCCUAGCAUCCAGCCAGGGUUAACCCAGUACAUGCCAUCCAUUUGGUACACUAAACCAAGCAGAGAAUUAGGCAGACCACAUCCUUCACAAAACUAGCUAUCUUGAAUUCAUAUUCCCAAUAGUGAAUGCAUGCAUUUUAAGUCUUUUAAAUUGUAUUUGUCAGUUCAGAUUAUCAUAACUUUUAGAUUUUUUGGUUUGGGCACCACUUUUUCUAGCAGGAUUUUGAUGAUCAGGCAAGGCUGUUUUGCAGACAAUCCUGUCAAGUCACAUAGUCCACAGCAGAGGAAAAGAAGAAAGGAAAAUGAAGAGACAACCUUCAGGCACACAUGCCCUUCUGGUCCAAAACGCAAGCUGCAGGUUUCAAAUACAAGUUAUCUAAGUGCUCAUCUGAAAGAAGAUGUAGGUGGUAACUCUGAAGAGAGAAUUUUAAAGAGAGCUAGAUAAAGGGGCAAGGGGGAGAAGUGAGGAGGGGUGAACAAAUAUUGUAAAAAACCCAAAACAUUGUAACAUAAUCCUAAACCAGUAGGUGUGGGUUUUCUUUCAUCAUUAAAGACAAAAUAAAAAGUCUAUCUUAUCUAU